CGUACAGCGAGAAAACGACUGCGUUGCUCCUGAACUUCAUUCCUCUAAUAAUGAACAGCCAGGCUGGAGUUUGCUAUAACAGCGUACUGAACAGAGGGAAAAACAUGUUGGAAUUUCUCCCUGUGCUACCAUUGUUUCCUUGACAUUUGAUCUGGCGCUUUUCGGGGGAAGAGAAAAGGAGAGUGAGCUUUUCCCAGGGGAGCACAUUUCUCAAGCAGUCGACAUGAAGCCUCAAGAAGCACAGCUGAUACGUGAGAUCUCUGAGCUGCAGAGUAUGGUGUCAGAGCUGAAGGGUGGAUUCUCCAGGGCUCUGCUGGAGUUGACCCAGAUCCAGAAUGGAGACACUCGCCUUCGGGAAGACCUGGACCAGGCCAAGCAGCACUGCAACCAGCAGGCCCUUCACCUCCAGGCCCAGGUGUACUCUCUUAAGGUGGAGCUGCAGGAGGUGCGGCAGCAGAUGCGUCAAUUCCAUGACAACCAGCAGAAGCUGCAGCAGGGCCUGCAGCUGGCACAGCUGGGCAGGGUCUUGGGGUUGACACAAACGCAGAGAAACAGCCGCGAGCGCCGUGUUGGGGGAGGGACACAGCGUGACAGCGUGGCUCCAGGCAACCUCCUCCUCCACGGCUACCUGCAGGGCCUCCAGGCUGGGCGAUGUCCGAGGACAGAGACUCCUGCUAUGUUUCAGGUGUCCCCUGAGCCACCAGGACCUACUUCUUUCUUGAUAAACCACUGCAAUACUGAUCUCCUGCAGGACUCUUCUGUUGAGGACAGGAGGCAGCAGGUGGCCGUGGACCUGCUACAUUCAGAGCAGGAAUACCUGUCCACGCUGUACCAGCUACACAACAAGUACAAAGUACUGUCUGCAAUGCCAAAGAACCAGGAGUCAUGUCAGACAUUUCUUGCAUGCUUGGAGCAACUGUCACAUCACCAUCUACUGUUCAGGAAUGCCCUGGAGGAUCGUCUGUUUGGCAGACGCUGGCAGGGACUUUUGGGAGACAUGUUUGCCAAACUCACCUGCCAAAAUGAUUGUACUUUUAGCGACAUGUACCUAGGAUAUCUAAGGAAACUCCCUGAAGUCCUUUCAUCUUUUCACCACUCAGAUGGGAUAAUACAUAAUUUUCAGGGUUGUCUAGGGGAGAAGGAGGAGCUUCAGCAGGUCUCUUUCCUCCUGGCGCCUAUCUUAAGGAUCCACAGCUACCUGAAUUGCAUGCAGGACCUGCUGCAGUGGACGGGCAGAGAGCACCCUGACCACUACUUGCUCCAGGUGAGCGAGAGGACACUUAGGCACUUCCUGUCCCAGUGUCAUGUGAUCUUGGAGAAAGAUGGCCUGGAGGGUGACAAGAGAGUGGCAGAGUACAGCAACACCUCCUCUCCUCCCUUGUAUUCUCCUUCCUCCUGUCAGAGCAGCACUCCCAGGGGAAGCAACAGGCAGAGCGAGCCAGGCAGCAUCACAAACAGAAAUGACCUGCAAUUGGACGCACAUUCCCAUGGUACCACAGACUGCCCGGCCUCACCUUCUGGGGGUGAACAGCUUAAACCGUACAGCUUAAUGAGGAAGAGCUUCAGUCGAGACAAUAUUCUACUUCCCUUCUCCUCUCCGCACCACACUGUCAGCACUGGCUGCGGUGGAACCGGCAGCUUCCUCCUGGCAGCCGCAGACCCGGCUGUGGGAAAGGGAACCGGCAGCGCGGGUCAGAGCCUUCCUCCUGCGGAGGGGGUGUGUUUUCCUGAGCCUCGCUACAUGAAGGGGGCCUCAGAUGACUGCGACACAGACCUAGACGAUCUGGGCGACACCUCCGUUUUCGAUUACUCCUCUGUGACGUCGUGCAGUCUGGACGGCACCCUUGAGAUGAAGAACCGGGCUGCCGGUGAGGGCGGGGGUGACCCAGAGGAUGGCAGCUCCACCGAAGAGGAAGAUGAGGAAGAGGAGGAGGAGGAAGAGGAGGACAGCCAAGUACCUGUUCUUCUGAAGCCCACACAUGGACAGACCAAGCCCCUGCAAGCUGUCCUCAGAGCAGGCUCUGUGUGUCUGAAGGGGCAGGUGUCUGGAGUGCCUCCUCACCCUCCUCCCGGUAAGCCCAGUACAGCCCAUGCUAACCAACCAACACCUGGGCCAGGGGUCACAACGGGGAACAGGCUCAGCAGCACCCAAAAACCCUCAUCACAGCACCUACCCAUCAGAGCUAUCAGAACAAUCUCCAAAGAGUCACUUCAGCAGGGAGAUUCUACUCUGCUAACAGAUGGAAAAAUACCACACAAAACACAGGAGAAUCCUGGGAGACUGUCAGCUUCCAGAGGUCCUUCCAGAGGCACUCUGAGAUCUGUGCUGGGGGUGGCUUUCUACCAUGCUCACUCUAGCAACCGCAGAGAGACAGAGGCAGGCGGCACAAGUGCGUGGGAUGACAGUGACGACGAAGGACCCUGCAGCACUGUGUGAGAGUGGGGACCGCCUCAAA